AUGUCCCUCAAGACCUCAAAUAUCCAAGCUCUUUCAUAUGCUGACCGCGCCGAGCUCCCCUCCAUCUCUUCCCUCGCCAGCUACCUCCUCACCUUAAUCUCUAUUAAGCGAUCGAACCUCGCCCUUUCCGCCGAUGUGCACACCACUGCAGAGCUUCUGGAACUCGCUGAGACGAUAGGAGACUACAUCUGCGUGCUCAAAACCCAUGCAGAUAUCAUCGACGAUUUCUCCGAACGUACUAUCAGAGGUCUACAAGAUGUAUCCAAGCGAAAACAUUUCCUCAUCUUCGAGGACAGAAAGUUCGGAGACAUCGGCAACACACUACAAUCCCAAUACACCCGCGGUCCUCUCCGCAUAGCUCACUGGGCGCACCUAACCAAUGCCCACCUCCUCCCAGGACCCUCCAUAAUCUCCGCCCUCUACUCCGCCGCCCAAGAAACCCUCACCACCCUGAACCAGACAGUAGCCACAACCAUAACGAGUGGUGGCUCAGAUCCUAACCUUCUGGAACACGCCCAACCCUCCAUACCAUCCACCAACGUACCCCUCACUCCCGAUGACGACAACGAAGAAGAAGGCCUCGUCCUUCGCCACCACCGCACAAACUCCUUCAACGCCACCGCCACAACCACUAUCUCCCAGACUUAUGAGUCCGCUGCCCCGCCCCCACCACCUAGGCUGCUAAAAUCACUUUCAAACCCUCUUUCCUCCGGAGACACUGCGGAGGACGUGGACAUUCCCUCCGCGCUGGCUGAGUUAGGUCCACCACCACAAGCACGGGGGCUGUUGUUGCUGGCGCAGAUGAGCAGUGAGGGGAAUUUAGCGACGGGGGAGUACACGAAGGCAUGUGUGGAGGCGGCGAGGGAAUACAAGAAUUUCGUGGUCGGGUUCAUUUGCCAGGAAAGUCUGAAUACGGGGAAGGAAUUUGUGAAUUUUACCCCGGGCGUGGGGUUGGAGGAUGAGGGGGAGGGGAAGGAGGGGAAAGGGGACGGGAAAGGGCAGGUGUGGAGGACGCCAGAGGAGGUUGUAGGGAGGGACGGGGUGGAUGUUGUUAUUGUGGGGCGGGGCAUUCUGAAGGCCAAGGAUAGGGUAGCGGAGGCCGAGAGGUUUAGACGGGCGGCUUGGAGGGCUUAUGAGGGGAGGUUGAAGAGGUGA